UCGUAAAUGUGGGUCAAAUCCCUAUAGUUGAUGCUGUGUGCGGUUUCGAUACUUGGGGAAUAAUAAUACAGUAAUGCCACCAAUUAUCAUCGAUAACUCGCAAUGUAUGGCGUUUCAACAUUCUUUCACGGCAAUAAUAAUGCAAUUUAACACAUCAGAAAGAGCACCACUACGAUUACGUUGUCCAUGUAACGUACGCACUUAAGAAGUUAUAGACUUUUAUUUUUAAUAAUCAAACCGCACGUCUUCAGGUGCUUUUAUAUAUUUCCGUCACAUGCCGCCGUCGAGUUUAUAGAUCAUAAAAUAUGUAAUGAGUGUUAUUAAAAAUUCCUCCUAACACUAACAAUUGAUUUCCUCGCCGUUGAUGUUACCACUCGAUAAGAACGUGUCAAGAGACUCAGUUUCUCCCCAAGUGUGUACUGAUCAAAAGAAAUAAUUCUGACAAAUUCACGUAGUUGACGUGGUAUACCUAUAAAACUUUCAAUAACGAUUCGCUAAAAAAUAGGGCUCUCCUACGUUUUAUGGGUUUGUAAAGAUCUGAUCCCUGAAAAACAUGAGCGUAAUUAAAGGAUUGACGGCGAUGACGGUAUUGAUCUGGACAGUAGGAGGGUCAUCGUCAGUGUCGAGCUGUCGGAUUUCCGAAUUCCAAUGCAAGUCCAUAAAUCGUUGCAUCCGAUUGGAUGAAUACUGUGACGGCAAGAACGAUUGCCCUGACAGAUCGGACGAACCUCCUCAGUGCACCGCAUGCAAUAGAACGUAUUAUGGUGAAAUAGGGAAAUCUUACAGACUGACAGUGAAGAAAACUAAGGAUGAUAGACCAUUUCUAUGUCAUUUAAGUUUUACAGCAAGUGGACAAGAGCUCGGUGAUUUAAUUGAGUUGAUUUUCGAAGAAUUUCGUCUGGGGAUGUUGGACAACGGAAGAUGCGUCGGUGGUGAAAUGCAAAUUUUGGAACUCGGUAGACCUUACGUGGGUGGCUCUUGGUGUGGAUUCAGUCCACUUGAUGGAAAUCCACCAGCAGUGUACUACAGUGAAUCUGGCACUGUGACUAUGACGCUAAGAAUACCGUACAGCGGUUUGUUUCAGUCAAUACCUUUUAGGUUCGAUUUGCGAUUUAAGUUUUUGGACAACCAACAAGCUUCAGUUCGGUUGGGCACAACGGACGAACCAAAAGAACGCGGUGAACCCGUGCCCGGCACCUACUGCAGUAGAAAUUUUUAUGAGUGUUACAGAAAAAAGUGCUCGCUGCAGUCACCCAACUACCCGGGGAUGUAUCCAAGAAACGUGAGUUGCCACUUCACUGUCCGGCAAAAAGUGGUACCCAAGUGCAAGCACGCUAUGGUGUCUCUUAGCCAAAAGCAUGGAGUCCGGUUGUUGCAGACAGCGCGGGCGUCUAACGAAACGGCAAUCGUUCGAGUCAACGAUAUGUGCAAAAAUGAUGCAGACAAAUUGGUGUUUCAUGACGGACCGACGGAAGACGAUCCUGUACUGUUAACGUACUGCGGUGGACCAGUACUACCCCGGAUCGUAUCAAGCGGUCCCGUCAUGCUAAUAGUUUUCAGGUCUGCAACCUUCGAUACACCCGGCACGUUUUCGUCGCCCGUGCCUGUGUCAGUAUUGCGCAGCUUUGAACUCGACCUUCAAAUAGCGUUUGUCGACUCAGAUUCAUUGGACUAUUCUAGAGGUAAACAUUUUUGCGAGUUCGUCAUUAACGCGUCCAGCUCACUCAAGUCAAGACGAGGCAUUUUGGUCAACCCUCAGCACUCGAUUCCACCGAACAGCACGUGCACGUACCGAUUCCAAGGAAAGCCCGAUGACAAAAUUUGGCUAUUUUUUGAAAGCUACGGUCAUAGAAGCACCAAUCACUACAUAACGUUUAAGCCGUGUCCUACCAGACUACGUUUAUGGGACGGUGCGGGUACACUGAUGGGGGACCAUUGCGACGCGCCUAAACUAUGCGAACAUGCAUCACUGCCUAACAAGACUCGACCCUGUUCGAUGCCCGACGAAAGCUACUUAUCGAAAUCGGCCAGCGUAUUCCUACAGGUUCACACGGUGCUCGGUACCGUUUUGGAACCUUAUAACUUUAAGCUGCACUACGAGUUUGUAGACAGUAGUGUAUACGAUAGAGACGACACGGAUGGUGGUGGAUGUGUGAUAAACUAUAAGGUACGAAAGUCCAUUGACAUAGCAGAACCAAGAAACGUGUUCUUGUACGGUAGAGGCGGUGCAAAAAACUUUGAUUGUCUCUACAGGUUGCACGCCGAACCUGGUUACCGUAUGCAAAUUGUUAUGAGAAACGCAUCUUUCGGUUCCAGAGAAUGUGGCGUUCAACAAAUGAAAACUAUAAGAAGUAAACUUCUAUGCCCCGAAGGUGACGGCUCGAAGCUGACCAUUAGCGAAGUAUACUGGCAAGGGUUAAGACUGGAAAGGGGCUGUUAUUGUCAGAAUUUUACUGAAAACGUGUUGGGUGCUUCCCAGGUGACUUAUGACCCAUCUUCUAGUCUAGUUGAGAUUCGUUUUCGAGUAUCCAAUUUGGCCGUUACCGAAGAUUUUACCAACAUAUAUUUCAACGUGCACAUCCGCGUUACGCGUUCACCGGCGUGUCCAAGAAAACAAUGGGUGCGAGGUUCCGGUGGCGAAAUCGAGUUGGUGUAUCCCCCACAACUUCGUGACGAUAUAUACUGCCACGAUAAACCCUGGCUACUGGAAGCUCGAACCGGCCACAGUAUGUUCGUUCAAACGUGGGGACACUUUUUGCCAUUGAACACUUCGCUGUCUCAGUGUAAAACUCGAAAUCGAGUUAUGUUGUACGAGCUCGAACCAGUCCGGCUUAUCAAGCAAAUAUGUCCUGCCGACGUCCGGGACGAUAGGCGAAGUAUCCACAUGUUCUCGGAUGAAUGGGCAGACUAUUUGCCGGUCGCUGGCCGCCAGAGUCCCAGGUUUAUGGUCGAGUUUUUAGCGUUGGAGCCAGGUUCAUUGGCGUUCAAAUGGCUGGAGGUUUCCAAACCUGAAUUUGUCGCUGCCCAGCCAAAUCGUUCGGUCAACUUCAAAUUAGGAUGCGUUCACGGUUGCCCUGAGCUAAACGCUUGUAUAAGCUCCACGUUGUGGUGUGACGGUCAUAAAAAUUGUCCUUCAGGUGUGGACGAGUCGGACUUAAACUGUCAAACUAAGUGGCCCACAGUUCAAGCUGCAUUACAAACUUACGGUGUUCCCGUCGUAGCGGUAACCCUAUUCGGGUUAGUGUUUGCUCUAUUGGCGUUCAUUUACUGUUCCCGCGAACCCGAUUACAAAACUUACGAAGAGCCUGAACAGCAGACGACCAUCACUGACCACACUCGUUCAUGUUCAACUAUUGCUUCCUGACAGCAAAACUCGGUCGACAUUGAAGACAUUGUCGAUCGAGAGACUUGUGUGUAAAAUACCUGCUCAAGUCAUUACGUCGUAAAAUCUUUUUUUCUUUUUUACUGUAUCGUUGAAACGAAAAGUUCUGUCCAAAGUAGGUGCCUUAAAGAGUUUAUUGUUGAUAUUUAAACAUUUAAUUGUUUCUAUAUGAUAAAUUUAUUGUUGUUAUAACUUAACGGACUUGUUUUAUUCAUAACAUUGUAAAAAAUUUAUUUUAGAUGCCAUACUGUGUUGAAUUAUACGAUAUUAACAUGUACAUUAAUUACUAUGUAUUUUUUAACAUCAAUGAAAUGUAUCCUUGAAAGUCUUUUACUUUAAAAACAUACAUUAGACUACAAAUUAGUAUAUCGAAAUUUAAUGUUCUCGUAUAGUUAAUGUAUUACGUUACACUUUUUUUAAGAUAUGUAUUGUUUUAUUAUUAUAUUAUUCAAUUCAUCACACCAUAUAGUUCUAACAAAGAAAAAUUAUGCCAAAUAUAAUGUGAUAUUGUCUUACCUACUAACUUUUUAUCAUUAACUAUUUUAAUUUUAUUAGAGACAAAAUUAAUUGCCAAUUUAUGUAAAAAUGGUUUUAAAUUGAAAUGAAAAACAAUCUUAAGUUUUUAUGUAGGUACUAUUGUUAAACAAUGUAUUUUAGUGUUACCAUAUUUUGUAUAAAAAAGCACAAGUA